GGCAGUUGUGCGGUCAGCUGUCAUCGCGGGGUCCUUCUACUGGAGGUGACAUUCAGUCGACUAGCAGGCACCGGGGGAAGCGGUUAGCAUCGACAAACACUUCAAUAUGGCACAGGCAUUGCAAAGGAUGGUCGCCAGAGUACCUUCGCUGGUCGGCGCCGCUGUCACCUACUCCAAACCUCGGCUAUCAACUUUCUGGUACUAUGCCCGUGUUGAACUUGUCCCCCCUUCCCCUGCCGAGAUCCCCAAGGCCAUCGAGGGGGCAACCAACCUCAUCAAGGGUCUCCAAACAGGACGUCUCGGUCAAACAACGGUGAAGGAUGCUCUAAGGAAUGGGCUGGUGGCCACUGAGGUGUUGAUGUGGUUCUACAUUGGAGAGUGCAUUGGCAAAGGAGGCAUAGUUGGCUAUGAUGUCUGAAUUUUGGACUGACGUGCUUUUUUUCUCUUGAGCGUUUUAUGCUCAACUUCCUAUAAGAAUCCUGGGAACCAAUAAACAAAUGUCUAUUGUUAAAAAAUACA